CAGGGACUUCGCUUCACGGCGUCUGUCUUUCUGUCGGACCUCUUCUGGAGCUGGCUGGGCCUCGGCCGGUCAGCAGGCCCACAGCGACGACGUGGCCCGUCGCGACCCGGCGCAGGGUUCCCCCCGCGGCCCGGCUCUCUGCCCCCUCGGCUCUCCCCAGCCAGGCCGUCGCUGCUGGCCUGAGCGGUGACCUGGCGGGCCGCGCCUGCGCCCUGCCCCGUUUCCUGCCUGGCUGGUGGCGGCGGCCAUUUUGUUCAUCCUCCUCCUCCUCCAGCUCCUCCUGGUUGGAGCGCAGUGUCCGGAGCGGGCUGGGGGGAGAGAGCCCGAGAGCAGGGUUCGGUACCUUCUCCUCUGUCCCCAGCCGGCGCCCGGAGCCCCCCUCCCCUUCUUCCCCGCCCCCUCCCCUCCCCAGCCCUGCCCUCCCCCUUGUCCCGGGAUCGCUCCGUCGCACCCACCAUGAUGGAAGACGACGGACAGCCCCGGACUCUACAAAGACUGCUACAUCUUCCUAGGUUUUACCCCUCCAGCACUUAGUUCACUGCCUGGAUCAUAAGAGACACACACAAGCUAAGACAUAUGGUUCUAUCUUCAGAAAACAAUAUGGUGUUUAUAGCCUAGAUACGUAGGUAACCUCUCCAGGGAUGUAACGGAAGUCCUUAUUCUUCAAUUGUUCAGUCAAAUUGGACCCUGUAAAAGCUGUAAAAUGAUAACAGAGCAACCCGAUAGCAGAAGGGUCAACUCUUCUGUUGGAUUUUCUGUUUUGCAGCAUACAAGCAAUGACCCAUAUUGCUUUGUGGAAUUUUAUGAACACAGAGAUGCAGCUGCUGCAUUAGCUGCUAUGAAUGGGAGAAAAAUUUUGGGAAAGGAGGUCAAAGUAAACUGGGCAACAACACCAAGUAGCCAGAAAAAAGAUACUUCCAAUCACUUCCAUGUGUUUGUUGGGGAUUUGAGUCCAGAAAUUACAACAGAAGAUAUCAAAUCAGCAUUUGCCCCCUUUGGUAAAAUAUCGGAUGCUCGGGUAGUUAAAGACAUGGCAACUGGAAAAUCCAAAGGCUAUGGUUUUGUAUCUUUUUAUAACAAACUGGAUGCAGAAAAUGCAAUUGUGCACAUGGGAGGUCAGUGGCUGGGUGGCCGGCAAAUCAGAACCAAUUGGGCUACACGUAAACCACCUGCACCUAAAAGUACACAAGAAAAUAACACUAAGCAGUUGAGAUUUGAAGAUGUAGUAAACCAGUCAAGUCCAAAAAACUGUACUGUGUACUGUGGAGGAAUCGCUUCUGGGCUAACAGAUCAGCUUAUGAGACAGACAUUUUCACCAUUUGGACAAAUUAUGGAAAUAAGAGUUUUUCCAGAGAAGGGCUAUUCGUUUGUCAGGUUUUCAACUCAUGAAAGUGCAGCCCAUGCCAUUGUUUCAGUGAAUGGUACUACGAUUGAAGGACAUGUGGUUAAAUGCUAUUGGGGUAAAGAAUCUCCUGAUAUGACUAAAAACUUUCAACAGGUCGACUACAGUCAGUGGGGCCAGUGGAGCCAAGUUUACGGAAACCCACAACAGUAUGGACAAUAUAUGGCAAAUGGGUGGCAAGUUCCACCUUAUGGAGUAUACGGGCAACCAUGGAAUCAACAAGGAUUUGGAGUAGAUCAAUCACCGUCUGCUGCUUGGAUGGGUGGAUUUGGUGCUCAGCCUCCCCAAGGACAAGCUCCUCCCCCUGUAAUACCUCCUCCUAACCAAGCUGGAUAUGGCAUGGCAAGUUACCAAACACAGUGAGCUGGGACUCUAAACAAAAUUGUAAUUCAUGAUAGGCUUCGAUUUCCUGUGACACUCUGAAGACAUGAAAGUAGACAUCGGAAAAUGAAAAUAUUUAUUUUAAAAAUUGAAAUGUUUGGAACCUUUAGCACAGCUUUGCUUUGGUGAAGGACACAUGUCUUCUAGUUCUGCCUUUUUAAGUUUUUGUUCAUGAUGGAUAUGAACAUGAUUUUUCUUUGUGUACAAAAACUAAAAUAAAGUCAAUAAAGACAAUUCUGACUUCAAAUUUUGAUAUAAUAGGCGAAAUGGGUAAUUUUGAUUCUUAGAUACUAUUACAUUUUUAUCUUGCUGUUCAGUAUUUUAAUUCACUGUGUUUUUAAAAGAGCAAAAAAGGGAGAAUCGUGGAAAAAAAACAAACAAACUGGGAAUUACCUAAGUUCAUCCUGAAUCCUGAUCCUCCCCUCCCCUUCCCUGAUGUGGACCACAUUUGAAGUCAGCAGAAAAAAAGUGAUAUUCAGAAGAAAUGCAUGAUUUUGGAAUCGCUCUGGAGGAAUUAUUUACUUUCUCUAUGCCUAAAGAAACUGAAGCCAGACAGACUGAAAUUUUGCAACCUAAAUAAGGAGCAGCGUUGUCUUAAGUUUCUUGAGCAAAUGUUGAUGGUCCAUAUUAAGACAUAUUUUUUAAACUUCAGAAAGUGUUGAUUAUUAAAACUGUAGUAUAUUACAUUUCAUUGGGGGUGGGGAAAUUCCAAGUAUGGUGUUUGUAUUAAUACAAAGACAGUCAUACUUGUGCUUUUACAUGAAGUUUAAAUGCUAUACAUUGUAAAUAUUGAAUAACUACAGUGUUUAAUGAGCAUGCUUCAACAUAGAAGUAGCAACAAUGUAAUUUGAAGUAACACUUAACACAUUCCACUGCAAUCAAUGCAGUGGAUUGAUAAGAAUGUUUAAGACUGACAUUUUCAAGGUUGGCUAUGUAAAUUAAAAUAACACAAAUUACACAGAAAAAGCCUUAAAUUUUAAUUUCAUACAAAUCUUUGAUGCAUUAGUACAUUCUAAAAUGUAAUUGGAAAUUAGGGUUUUGGGGGGUGUCUUUUUUGUUUGUUUUGCUUUACAUUAUUUGGUAUGUAAAUACCUUGAUUAAAACCUUGUGAAACAAUUUCAAGGUUCCUAUAAGUUGUAUAGCACAAAUGUUUUUUAAAAAUAUUGGGGUGUUUUUAAAAAUUAGAUAUAUUUUGCCCCAGGAUUUUUUUAAACAGAUUGCUAAAACAUCUUAUUUAGACAGUUUGAUGUACCAAUUUAUAAUUGGAUAUUCAGUUUAACUAGUACACAAAGUUGUGACUUCCUCAUGAGGAGUGUGAGUGGAUGACAGGCCUGAACGGAGGCUUGAGUUUGUUGUAUGUGUGUAGUUUGUAAAUGAAUCAAUUGGGAAGAUGCAGAGAUUGAGGUUUGCUUCCAAGAUAUUUUUAAGUCUGUGUGGAUCAAAUCUGCCUCAAAUUUCUAUAAAACAGGAAUGUAUAAUAGAUAAAAUCCUAUGUAUUUAAAUUGUGACAGUUAGGGGGUAUGCAAGUGUUUUGGAAAUGUAUUCAAAAUGUUGGCCAGGACUCCCAAACAGAAAAUAGUGUUUACAGUAAGUUAAGUGGUAAGAUGUACCUGGCACCUACCAAUGGUCUGUUUUAAGCCUUCAAGAUAAUGGUUUUAUAUAUUGGUGACCACAUAGUUUUAGUAUUGUUUUCCUUUUUUUUCCCCACUUAGAAAUAUAGCCAGAUGUAUUCAGCAUAAAAAUUCACAAGGUUCUUUGAGCCAAAAUUUAUAUGGUACCUUGGUUUUAGCCACAAUAGUUAUGUGUUACACUCUCCUAUUAUUAAAUAUACUCUUUAUUUUGUUCAUACUGUCUUUGGAGAUGUGUUUUUGGAAAAGUUACUUCAUAUUUUAAUGAGAGGACCUAAGAAACUAUGUACUGUGCCCCUGAGUUAAAUUUUUCAUGAACAUUUGUGAAAUUUGGACUAAAGACUUAGUGAUAACUGGUAAGAGCCUGUUGAGUUCUCAGUUUGCCUCCUUUUUUUUUUGUUUGUUUGUUUGUUUGCCAAUAUAUUUUGAAGUGGCUUAUGGAAAUACCAGCUGAAUGCAGCUGUAUUUUUCCAAGUUAUAUAUUCUAUGAUUUAACAAAAUUAUCCAGACUAGAUAAUUGCUGUAGUAAAUGUGAUCGAUGAAUCCAUCUGAAUUUGGGCAAGAACAAGAGUUCAUGAUCAGUUAAUUCCAGUUAUUUCAUAGUAAACCAUUAUAAAAUACAAAGGUACUUAUCCUCGUGAAACCUGUUUAGAAAAUAGGACUACCAAGUUAGCACAGACCCAAACUGUUUCAUAACACAAAUUGAAGUCAGUGCUGUCUUGAUCCAGUUUAUACCUAAGAAUCGUUGCCUUUUUCCCAUGUUCACUAAAAAAAAACAGCAGAGAUUUCUUAGCUACUUUGAAAUUUAUUUUAAUAAUGUGUUUCUGCCUGCCCUCUUCUUUGCUUGAAUCAUCUUUCUAUUAGUAUUUCCCCCCACCUCAUUUCCACUUGAUUUUUAUGUCUGCUGGCAGUGAGAGGCUAAAAUGACUGGCCAAUUAAAGCCAAAGCUGUAAACCACAGUUGAAGUAAGUCUUCAAUAAAGACUAGACUAUA